AAUUUCGUUCAUCCUUACAAGUUAGAACCCUUCGGCAAUGUCACAAUUUGCUGGAAUGUCGUCGUCGGCGGCGACUUGGCGCUGGAACUGAAUUGUCAAGCAAAUAUAGAGCAAUACAAAAGAAAGGCGAGCAGCAAAUUCAAUAGUUGGCAACGGCGGUUUGUAGAAGUUGAAGUCUUCGCACUGUUCUCGGCGCCGCUCGAUUGUUCCCGCCGUCAGUCUCCCUGCCUACCUUCGUCUCGUUCCUCCCGCAGCUGCCUUUAGUUGCCCCCUGAAAGUCUUACUACUGAAUACAGGACUGGAGAACUUGUUUAUUCAGUUAAGUAGAGAGUAAUAUAGUGAGAGAUAGUUAGUCAUGGAGGAAAGUUUUCUCAAGCACAAAGAUGAGCCAUGGCGGAUCCUUGAAUUCUAUAGUGGCAUUGGUGGCAUGAGGUAUUCUCUAAUGAAGGCUGGCGUGAAAGCAGAAGUUGUGGAAGCAUUUGACAUAAAUGACACAGCCAACGAUGUGUAUGAGCACAAUUUCGGCCAUCGCCCUUAUCAGGGUAAUAUCCAGAGUUUGACUUCUUCUGAUCUUGAUAGCUACCGUGCCGAUGCAUGGCUUCUUUCACCUCCUUGUCAACCCUACACCAGACAAGGUCUGCAGAAGCACUCAGGUGAUGCUAGAGCCUUUUCAUUUCUCAGGAUUCUUGAACUUAUACAAGAAGCAAAACGGCCUCCAAGUAUGCUGUUUGUGGAAAAUGUUGUAGGAUUUGAGACUUCUGACACACGAGCAAAAAUGAUUGAGAUAUUAGUGAAUUCAGGUUUCAUUACCCAAGAAUUUAUUUUGAGCCCUUUACAGUUUGGUGUGCCUUAUUCCAGGCCACGCUACUUUUGCUUGGCCAAACGAAAACCUUUAUCCUUCCAGCACCAAGUCCUUAAUAAUCGGCUCAUCUGGUCUCCUAUCCCAUUACUUCAGUGUAAUGCAAAUAUUCUACUAGGUCAACUCGAGGAACCACCAGAAAGCUUGGACAAGUUGCUGGAUUCCUGUGAACCUGUAGAAUGUUUUCUUGAGUUCAAGGGCUUGAGUGAUCUAGUAGAUGCAGAAGGCAGGAUCACAACCAGUAGUUCUGCCAUUGAUUUUGGAGCUUUGGACCAUGGCAGUGGAAGCCUUAGCAUGUUGGACCAGUAUUUGGUUCCACAGAAUCUGAUCGAUAGAUGGGGCAGUGCUAUGGAUAUUGUCUAUCCUGAUUCAAAGCGUUGCUGUUGUUUUACAAAGAGUUAUUAUAGAUAUGUGAAAGGCACUGGAUCGCUUUUGGCUACUAUCCAGCCAGUGGAAAAGGGUAAAACUUGUCCGCUGAAGGAGCAAGGACUUAGAUACUUCACUCCGAGAGAGGUUGCUAAUAUGCAUUCCUUCCCUGUGGAGUUCCAGUUCCCUGAGCACAUAACCCUCAAACAACGUUAUGCGUUGCUGGGGAAUAGUUUAAGCGUAGCAGUCGUCGGUCCGCUGCUCAGUUAUCUAUUCAGGGAGCCAUCGUGAAGUUUUGAAACGCAAAUCUGUGUUCUACAGAAGUAAAAUUGCUCCAACGGCCAAGCCAUGAUCAGGCAUAUCACCCCCAGUGGAUUAGAUGUUGAUGCAAACAUAGCAAGAAGAAGGGUGGGGAACAGAAUGUCAAUGGUUCAGCUCUGUUAUUGUGCCUUUUGGCGUUGGGCUGCUGGGCACCUUCGACCUGGAAUGCCACAUGCGUCAGUCUCUGAAUUAUUAGUUUUCUAACUCGAGUUUUUUGUGGGUUUCUAUUUGAAGUCAAUGACGGGUAUGUUAAACUUAACAAAAUUGCUGAAUGGGAUCUAGUGUGAUUUGAAUUUGAAUUACUUAGGUUUCUGAACCAGAUAGGGCUACUAGUACAUGCAGAAAAAAGAAG